AUGUCUGCCAAAGCGCGAUCCACCGACCCAUACGCGAAGGAGUACACUGAGAACCCGCCCACCAACUCGCAGCAGCCGCCGAGUGUAGGCGCGCAAUCCACUGCUGAGCAGCAAAGCGACAAUGUUGCUCAUGCGUUGGCCGGUGCAGGAGGAGGUCUGCUGUCCAUGGCAUUGACAUACCCGUUAAUCACGCUUUCCACCCGAGCACAAGUCGAGAAGAAGAAGGCCAACACCGGUACACUCUCCGCAGCUAGGCGUAUCGUGGACCGCGAAGGGAUUGCAGGACUGUACGCUGGUCUCGACAGUGCCCUCUUUGGCAUUACAGUCACGAACUUUGUCUACUACUACUGGUACGAGUUCUCCCGCUCCUUCUUCCAGCGCUCCACCGGCAAGAAGCAGCUCUCGACCCUCGAGUCCAUGGCAGCAGGCGCCCUCGCGGGCUCUGCUACUGUCAUGCUCACCAACCCAAUCUGGGUCAUCAACACCCGCAUGACCGCCCGCGAGAACGAGGCCGACGAUGAUCUUCCAACAACCGAGAAGCAGAAGAAGGCUGCCCGCCCAGGCACCAUUUCUACCCUCCUCAAGAUUCUCCGUGAGGACGGCUUCUUCCGUCUUUUUGCUGGUGUUCUGCCAGCGUUGGUCUUGGUGAUCAACCCAAUCCUCCAGUACACCAUCUUCGAACAGUUGAAGCAGUAUGUGGGAAAGAGGAGGAAGGUCGGACCGACCGACAGCUUUGUGCUGGGUGCGUUGGGAAAGCUCGCUGCUACCAGCAUUACAUACCCAUACAUCACCGUGAAGUCGCGGGCACAUGUCGCCCAGAGCAACGCGCCAAAGUUGGGCAUGACCGCCACUUUGAAAAAGAUCUAUAACGAGGAGGGUAUUGGUGGUCUUUAUGGCGGCAUUGGGCCAAAGGUCACGCAAUCCGUGAUCACGGCCGCAUUCUUGUUCGCUUUCAAGGAUGCUCUAUAUGACAUUACUGUCAAGGCCCGCAGAAAGGCUGCGCUCAAGGCAUAA